CUCAAUUUGAUUUAUCUGAUUGUUCAAAUGAUGGACCUUGCCCAAAAAGAAGCCAACAAACCUGAGUUUGCGUAUAACGAAAAGGAAAAUGAUAAACGCGAAAAACUCAAAAAAGAAAGAAACCACAUGGAAGACAAGUCAGGGAAGCUGGAGGUGUCUUUCUCUACUACAAUUACGCCACUACCUGCGUCCUCAGCUCUAUCUAAAAACAGAAAUAGAUCAGCCUAUGGAGAAGUAUUGGAAAGAUUGAGAAAAGAAUUCUAUCAAAGAUGGGAAAAGAAAACCGUUUCGGGUAUCGAAGGAAUGAAGGAAUUCGUUCAAAUCAAAACUUUGGGUACAGGCUCAUUCGGGAGAGUAAUAUUAGUUAAACGUACUGAAGGAGACAAAGACGCUUUUUAUGCUAUGAAGUGCAUCGAAAAAUUAAGAAUUAUCAAGCUGAAGCAAAUAGAACAUACACUAUAUGAGAAGCGGAUCUCUGAAUCUAUUCGCUUUCCUUUCAUAAUAACAUUGGAGUUUUCUUUCAAAGAUAAUAGUUAUCUCUAUUUUGUAAUGCCAUUUGUGAAUGGAGGAGAAAUGUUCACUCACCUGAGGAGGAUGCGAAGAUUUACGGAGGUUCUCGCGAAGUUUUAUGCGUCUCAAGUAAUAUUAGCUCUGGAAUUCCUCCAUUAUUGCGAUAUUCUUUACAGAGAUUUGAAACCUGAGAACAUUCUGGUGGAUUUGAAAGGGUACCUUAAGAUAGCCGAUCUGGGUUUUUGUAAGAUUGUGAAAGGUCGAACUUGGACCCUUUGCGGUACUCCUGAAUAUAUCGCUCCUGAGAUUAUUCUUAGCAAAGGGUACGGAAAGGCAGUCGACUAUUGGUCUUUUGGAGUACUACUAUUUGAAAUGAGUGCAGGAUACCCUCCAUUCACUUCCAAUGAUCCUAUGAAAGUUUACGAACGAAUCAUCACCUGCAGAUAUAAAAUCCCCGGAACAUUUUCAGCGGAGCUUGGCGAUAUCAUAAAGAAUCUGUUACAGUUAGACUUGAGUAGAAGAUAUGGUAAUUUAAGAAACGGAACCCAAGACAUAAAGAACCACAAAUGGUUUCGGGAUAUCGAUUGGCUGGCUAUAUAUAACCGACAAGUUGAUCCUCCGUUCAAGCCAGCCGUUAAGUCACCAGGAGAUACGAGUAAUUUCGAUGUUUUCGAUGAAGAAAAACUUAGAAUAAGUGAACACGACUUGUACAAAGAUGAUUUUGCGAAGUUUUAGUUGUUUAAAAAAUUUGAUAACCUAACAAAAAUAUGUUUAGUUGUGUUUCAUGCACAGUUUGACCUUUAUUUCCAUCAACAUUUCAUUAUGUUUUUUUCUUUGAAUAUUAUAUGAUGAAAGUAUCGAUAUAAAUAAACUGACGUUGACUAAUACUGAUA